CUCAUUUAUCUAGGCAUCAAGUACAAGAUUUGGGCCAUCUUCAAAAGAGGUUUCACUAGGCUUUGCAAAGUCCUGCUGACAAAGAUUAAGAAGUCUCACCAUGUCUGGAUGGGGAUGGAUACUUAUGUCACAUAUGUCUAUGUCAGGUCCCAUUUGGAUGAGUACAUCUACAUCUGCAUGGUCGCUGCAGAAUUUCCCCCCAUUGUGCAUUCUAGCAGCUGUCAGGAUCACAAAGGGUGUGCCAAGGAUUGGGCUGUGGUGUGGUGGAAUGGUAUGGGGCAACUCCUCCUUGAUGGAAGGAACCUGCAGCAUUUGGAUGAAGCUAUUGAUCACUUCAAAGGAUUGCAAUUUGGCUAG